AUGAUCCCCAAUCGACGUCCACUCGCUGUUGGAGGUGGUCCAGCUCCUAUUGGUGAUAUUUUUCCACCCAUGGCGAGGCAACCAGUUGAUCUCCUCCCUCAUCCAGUUGGUGUCCCAGGUGGAAUGGUCCCAGAGGGACAUCCACUCGCUGCUGGAAGUGCUCCAGCUCCUAUUGAUGAUAAUUUUCCACCCAUGGCGAGGCAACCAGUUGAUCUCCCCCCUCAUCCAGUUGGUGUCCCAAUUGGAAUGGUCCCAGAGGAACGUUCACUCGCUGCUGGGGGUGCUCCACCUCCUGUUGCUGAGAUUUUGUUACCCAUGGCAAGACAACCAGCUGAUGUCUAUUCUCAUCCAGUUGGUGUUCCAGGUGGAAUGAUUCCAGAGGAACGUUCACUCGCUGCUGGGGGGAACUCAGGUCAGCCUCCACUUGAUCAGGUACUCCCAGAACUACCUGUUAGCAAUGGUGUCCGGCCUCUAACUAUUUACGACGAUGAUGGGAAAUUUCCAGCAUAUGUAGAACCUGAACAUAUAUCUGACGAUGAAGAGUCACUGGAAAGAGUCAACGGUGUUAACUCAUCACCAAGAGGAGCACGUCCGGCUGAUCCUCGCAAAAAGAGAAGACCUAACCCUAAGCAGGUCAAGCAGAAAGGUGGUCGACUGCAGGACAAAAGUCCUUCAUCAUCUCAAACGGGCAAAGGUGAUGAGAUAAUUGUCAUUCAACACUGA